UGCAUCCGGCUCCUCCCACAGCCCCAGGCGGGCUCCUGAGUGGGGCUCUCAGCUUGUGUGGAGGUACCCCAGGGAUGCCACCCUAAUCUAGCCUCCGUGGAGGCUCAUGCAGGCCACUUGGAGGGGCCAGUGCACUCCGGCAGCCCCUGUCAGGCCCCUGAGCACCGAGCCUCCCCACCGAGGGCAGCUGUCCCGUCUUUGCCACAUUCCAGCAGGGCCCUCGGGGAGGCAGGCCAGGGCCACAUUGUGGAAGCCAGAGGCCUUUGAGCCCCUCCCAGAGCAAGUCUCAGUCCCCAGCCCCCAAGGCAGUUGCCCCGGUGGGUGAGUCAGGCUGCGCGAGGGAGAGCAGCGCCUCCAUCACACGGAAGCGUCCCCGCCGCAGGGAGGCUGAGGCUCUGGCCCUGAUUGGGCACCGGGCGGAGCUACCUUUGCGCUUUGCCUGGUCACGGGGGUAUAACAGGGGUGCGCGGGGCUGGCAGGCGGGGGACACGGGUGCACAGCCGGCGCGGACGCCCCACAGGCCCGCCGGGGACCCGAGGCAAGGAGAGGGACUGCCAGCAUCCCGGGACCCCCGCCCAGCCCCGAGCAGACCCCAUGGCGGACGCGGUGCUGCGCCGGCUCCUGAGGCUGCACCGCACGGAGAUCGCGGUGGCGGUGGACAGCGCCUUUCCCCUGCUGCACGCGCUGGCUGACUACGACGUGGUCCCCGAGGACAAGUUCCAGGAGACGCUUCGUCUGAAGGAGAAGGAGGGCUGCCCCCAGGCCUUCCACGCCCUCCUGUCCUGGCUGCUGACCCAGGACUCCACAGCCAUCCUGGACUUCUGGAGGGUUCUGUUCAAGGACUUCAACGUGGAGCGCUAUGGCCGGCUGCAGCCCAUCCUCGACAGCUUCCCCAAAGAUGUGGACCUCAGCCAGCCCCGGAAGGGGAGGAAGCCCCCGGCCAUCCCCAAGGCUUUGGUGCCGCCACCCAGGCUCCCCACCAAGAGGAAGGCCGCAGAAGAGGCUCGAGCUGCCGCGCCAGCCACCCUGAAUCCAAGGACCACCUGCAGCCCAGGCUCUCAGCUGAAGGCCAAGCCCCCCAGGAAGCCAGAGAGCAGCGCAGAGCAGCAGCGCCUUCCGCUCGGGAAUGGGAUUCAGACCAUGUCAGCUUCAGUCCAGAGAGCUGUGACCGUGUCCUCCGGGGACGUCCCGGGAACCCGAGGAGCCGUGGAGGGGAUCCUCAUCCAGCAGGUGUUUGAGUCAGGGAGCUCCAAGAAGUGCAUCCAGGUCGGGGGGGAGUUUUACACUCCCAGCAAGUUCGAAGAUCCUGGUGGGAAGAGCAAGGCCCGCAGCAGCGGUGGCCUGAAGCCUCUGGUUCGAGCCAAGGGAGCCCAGGGCGCUGCCUCCGGUGGAGGUGAGCCUAGGCUGGGCCAGCAGGGCAGGGUUCCCGCCCCUCCGGCCCUCCCCGGUGACCCCCAGCCCCACCAGAAGAACGAGGACGAGUGUGCCGUGUGCAGGGACGGCGGGGAGCUCAUCUGCUGUGACGGCUGCCCUCGAGCCUUCCACCUGGCCUGCCUGUCCCCGCCGCUCCAGGACAUCCCCAGUGGGACCUGGAGGUGCUCCAGCUGCCUGCAGGCGACAGUCCCUGAGAUGCAGCCCGGAGCAGAGGAGCCCCAGCCCCAGGAUCCACCUGUGGAGACCCCGCUCUCCCUGGGGCUGAGGUCGGCGGGAGAGGAGGUGAGGGGCCCACUCGGGGAGCCCCCAGCCGGCAUGGACACGGCUCUCAUCUACAAGCACCUGCCAGCCCCGCCUCCUGCAGCCCCCCUGCCGGGGCUGGACCCCUCGGCCUUGCACCCCCUACUGUGUGUGAGCCCUGAGGGGCAGCAGCAUCCGGCUCCCAGCGCGCGGUGCGGGGUGUGUGGAGAUGGCACAGACGCGCUGCGGUGUGCUCACUGCGCCGCCGCCUUCCACUGGCGCUGCCACUUCCCCGCAGGCGCCCCCCGGGCAGGGACAGGCCUUCGCUGCAGAUCCUGCUCAGGAGACGUGACCCCAGCCCCUGUGGAGGGGGUGCUGGCCCCCAGUCCUGCCCACCUGGGCCCCGGGCCCACCAAGGACGACACUGCGAGUCAGGAGCCCACUCCGAACAGGGAUGACCUGGAGUCCCUCCUGAGCGAGCACGCCUUUGAUGGCAUCCUGCAGUGGGCCAUCCAGAGCAUGGCCCGCCCGCUGGUGGAGGCGGCUCCCUUCCCCUCCUGACCCCGGACGGCCAGGAUAGCCGGCGGCCUGGAGCUGCCCUCCCUCCCAUGGGGCAGCAGACGGCGCUGAGCUCCCCCUCACGCCACGCAUCUCUGAUCAGAGGGCGCAGAGAAGGAUACCUCCUCCCUUAGCCCUGGAAGCAGGCCGGCUGGGACCAACAAGAAGGGGCGGCACCAUGUCUUGUCCUCGGCUGCAAACACAGCCCUGUGUUUUGCAGACAGCAGCCAUCACGCCUGGAAAUUAAAACCUGUGGUUUCGAGUUA